ACGUAUUUGAAAGGGCGGCGGUCAAAUCUGCUUGCUUUGAUGGCUCACGUCCAUUAGUUUGGAGAAGAAGAAAGCGGAAUAUCGGUUCUUUGUUUGCAUAUACUCGGCUUGAUUAGUUUCCGUGGUUUGCCGGAGAAUAAUUGAGAGAUUUUAUUAUUCAAAAUGGCGGAGACUUCAUCGCGGUCUCCGAAUGAAAAGCAAGCUCCCGGAAUGAAUGGGGAUGUUGUGGAACGUGGUGAGGAGGGGAACUCCACCAAUGGACAGGAUGACCAACUGAAGCCUCUUAAUCUGGCAACGAGCAGUAGCGCAGGUACAGUUGCAGCCCGGACUGUGUCAGCAGCGGCGACCCUUCAACCCAUUAUGACACUGGCUCAGACAACACUGCAGACGCAGCUGGCGCGCACACAGCUGCCCGGGGGCGUCACCCAGAUGGUACAGGCGCAGCCCAUCCAGAUACAGGCGCAAGAUGUCUCCCAGCAGACCCAGGUGACUGUCCAGCAAAUCGCGCAGGCCCUCUCCCAGCAGAUGCCUUACUCACAAGGAGGAUUCAUCAUACAGUCCCAGUUUGGCCAGCAGGUGAUUCCUAUGGCCACACAGAUACCUGGUAACUUUCAGCUCUCAGCAGUGGAUCUCCAGCAAAUACAACAACAACUUCAGCAGCACCAGCAGCAGUUACAACAACAACAGCAGCAAAUACAGCAGCAGGUGGUACAGGCACAGCAACAGCUCCAGGGGCCCACGACGACAGCCACUAAAGUGACACCGACAGUACUGCAAGCCCAGGUGUUGAGUCCAGGGCUAACUAAGGUGUCAGCCAGCCCUCAGUUGAUCCAGCAGGUCACCACCCCAGGGCAGGCCACGCCCGUCCCAAAUCUUCAGCAGUUUGUAUUCGUCAAUCCCAGCCCACAGGCCAGCGGUAUCCAGCCCCAGCUGCUUUUUCCCAACCAGAGCAUUGUACAGGGAGUGACACCAUCAGCGACCUCUCCACAGACAGGCACCACUGUCACUGUAACACCUCAACCCUUGGUUGUCUCCCCUUCCUCACCCAACACCAGCCAGUCUCAGCCCACUGUACAGCCAGUGCCACUUCCAGAAGAAAACAUUGAUUUAGAAGAGUUGGAGCAGUUUGCGAAAACAUUCAAGAGGAGGAGGAUUGAAUUGGGUUUUACCCAGGGGGACGUUGGCCUGGCUAUGGGCAAACUCUACGGCAAUGAUUUCAGUCAGACCACCAUCUCUCGGUUUGAGGCUCUCAACCUUAGCUUUAAGAACAUGUGUAAGCUGAAGCCGUUGUUGUACAAGUGGUUGGAGGAUGCCAACACGAUGACCUCUAACCCCAGUGUGUUAGCAGGGUCUCCGGUCAGUUCGGACUCCAUUAACAGGAGGAGGAAGAAGCGCACAAGUAUCGACUCCUCCAUACGUGUUGCCAUGGAGAAGAGCUUCUUGCAGAACCCCAAACCCACGUCUGAGGAGAUCGGCAUCCUGGCCGACAGCUUGACUAUGGAGAAGGAAGUGGUGCGUGUGUGGUUUUGCAAUCGGAGACAGAAGGAGAAACGCAUCAACCCUCCGUCUUCACUCACCAAUGCUCAGCUUCAGAUCAUGAGCCUUAACCAUGUGACUAGCGGGCUUGUGCCCACCUCCCCUGUCACCCAAAUCGUGGGCAGUCCAGGCUCUGUGGUCUCCACAGUAACUACACCAACCAUGGCUGUGGGGGUACCCUCGGCGAUGACCCUUCCCGUCAGUGUGUCCCCCUCAUCGCACAGCACCGCAGCGUCAAACUCUGUGAGCAUCUCCACACCGUCAUCUGCUCACUCUGCCAAGUCUCUGCCAGGCAGCAUUUUAAACACAAACUCUGCGGUAACAGUGAGUCUCGCUAACUCUGGUGGGGGCACACCGGUGAAGCUGACCUUACCCCCUGGCAUGACGCUGUCCAGUGUCAAUCAGACCCCUCUGAAUAUGACCACAGCAAAUCCAAACUUAGUGUUAACGCCAGUGGCUAGCACCAAGUCAAACUCUACCUCAACCAAUGCACAACCCAUCGUCCUCAGUGCUGCUGCCCUCUCUACUAUAGCCUCAAAAAGUACGGCAUAGCGCGACUGCAGUCUGAGCUAACGAGCAUCAAAGAAUUCCACUUUGUACAGCAUUUCUGAUACGGACCACAUCUCACUAGUGUUAACUGCUGGUGGACUAAAUAUUUCCUUAUUUUUGUCCUUAUUGCCUUGACUUUUAUGGUAUGUCUCAAGGAAUACACUCUGUUGGUAAGUUGCCAGUCUAUUGGUGUUACUGACAAUCUUGCAGGUAGAUAUCAGAAAAUGUGAUAUCUGUAGGAAAUUAACCCAGAGACACAGGCCUGCUCAGUGUAUCUUCCAAGCCAGAAUGUGGCUGUCCACAUACAAUCUAAGUGCUUCAGCAUCUGAUGAUAGGGUACGUGUAGCUCACAG